AUGGCGUUUGUUCGCACGCCUCUCUUCUUUUUGCAUUCGCCGUUUGUUUUUCACGCGAAGCUUCUUGCGAGGGCAGCCGCUGCUGCGCGCGUUCCGAGAAGUUUAGGCCUUGCCGAUCGCGUGCUUCUCGACAGCGAGACAGAAUCGCACUUCCCGACAGACACUGCGGCGUUGCCAAAGCAGCAGCAGCAGCAAAAGCAGCACGAGCCACACCAGCAGUUGGCGAGCUGUGCAAGAAGCGGCGAGGCUGCCACUGUCUCCGCCUUCGCCAACAGCAACAACAACACCAACAAUAGUGGGGCCUUUUUAGGAGGCGAGCCAACUCGCUUGCGGCUCAAAUGCUUCGGUGCAGCGUCAGGAAAUGUCGCCUCGGCAGCAGCAGCAGCUGCUGCUGCUGCAGCAACAGCCGCAGCAGAAGCGAAGGCGCCAGCAGCAGCAGCGGCAGCCGCAGCAGCAGCAGCAGCCGCAGCCGCAGCAAGACGCGCAGGCGUCUCCAGAGCACCAUGGGCCUGCGGCACUUGCGGCAGAGGCACUUGGGAGUUUACAGGAAGCUCAAGGAUGCACAGACUUCCGCUUCGCCGCAGCAGCAGCACAGCCAGCAGCACCAGCAGCAACAGCAGCAGCAGCACCAGCAGCAGCACC